UCCCUCCCUCUCCCUCCUCCUCCCUCCCCUGGGCCCUGCUCCCUGCCCUCCUGGGCAGCCAGGGCAGCAAGGACGGCACCAAGGGAGCUACCCCAUGGACAGGGCCCCACAGAGACACCACCGAACAUCUCGGGAGCUGCUGGCUGCAAAGAAGACUCAUACUUCACAAAUUGAAGUAAUUCCUUGCAAGAUCUGUGGGGAUAAGUCGUCUGGGAUCCACUACGGGGUUAUCACCUGUGAGGGGUGCAAGGGCUUCUUCCGCCGCAGCCAACAGUGUAAUGUGGCCUACUCCUGCACCCGUCAGCAGAACUGCCCCAUCGACCGCACCAGUCGAAACCGAUGCCAACACUGCCGCCUGCAGAAGUGCCUGGCUCUGGGCAUGUCUCGAGACGCUGUUAAGUUCGGCCGAAUGUCCAAGAAGCAGAGGGACAGUCUCCAUGCAGAAGUGCAGAAACAAUUGCAGCAGCAGCAGCAGCAGCAGCAGGAACAAGUGGCCAAGACUCCUCCGGCAGGGGGCCAUGGAGCAGAUACCCUUACAUACACGUUGGGGCUCCCAGAUGGGCAGCUACCCCUGGGCGCCUCACCUGACCUACCUGAGGCCUCCGCUUGUCCCCCUGGCCUGCUGAAAGCCUCAGGCUCUGGGCCACCAUAUUCCAACAACUUGGCCAAAACAGAGGUCCAAGGAGCCUCCUGCCAUCUUGAGUACAGCCCAGAGCGAGGCAAAGCCGAAGGCAGAGACAGCAUCUAUAGCACAGCCAGCCAGCUUACUUCUGGAAGACGUGGACUUCCUUUUGAGGGACCCAGGCAUCCUGAGCUUGGGGAAGCAGAACAGGGUGCAGACAGCCACUGCAGUCCCGGUUUCUGCAGUGCCCCAGAGGCACCGUAUGCCUCUCUAACAGACAUAGAGUACCUGGUACAGAACGUCUGCAAGUCCUACAGAGAGACCUGCCAGCUGCGCCUGGAGGAUCUGCUGCGGCAGCGCACCGACCUCUUCUCCAGGGAGGAGGUAGCCAGCUACCAGAGGAAGUCAAUGUGGGAGAUGUGGGAACGCUGUGCCCACCACCUCACUGAGGCCAUUCAGUAUGUGGUGGAGUUUGCCAAGCGGCUCUCGGGUUUCAUGGAGCUCUGCCAGAAUGACCAGAUCAUACUACUGAAAGCAGGAGCAAUGGAAGUUGUGCUUGUCAGGAUGUGCCGGGCCUACAAUGCUGACAACCAUACAGUCUUUUUUGAAGGCAAAUAUGGUGGCGUGGAGCUGUUCCGAGCCUUGGGCUGCAGCGAGCUCAUCAGCUCCAUAUUCGACUUUUCCCACUUCCUCAGUGCCUUGCGUUUUUCUGAGGAUGAGAUUGCCCUCUACACAGCCCUGGUUCUCAUCAAUGCCAACCGACCCGGGCUCCAAGAGAAAAGGAGAGUGGAGCAUCUGCAGUACAACCUGGAGCUGGCCUUCCACCAUCAUCUCUGCAAGACUCAUCGUCAAGGCCUCCUCGCCAAGCUGCCACCCAAAGGGAAACUCCGGAGCCUGUGCAGCCAGCAUGUGGAAAAGCUGCAGAUCUUCCAGCAUCUCCACCCCAUCGUGGUCCAAGCUGCCUUCCCUCCACUCUAUAAGGAACUCUUCAGCACUGAUGUUGAGUCCCCUGAGGGGCCAACCAAGUGACCUGGAGGAAAGACAACUUUACUUCCUUCAGCCUGAUGGCCCGUCUCCCUGGACUCCAUUCCCUCAGCCUCCACCUUCCUGUGCUCUGUGGAGGGUGGUCUCCCUAGGAGUGAACAAAGGCUGAGACUGGUUUUCUGCCUCUCCCCAAACCCCCAGGCUUGUCUGGCAGAACAACAGUAGCAGGUGAUGGAGAAAAGGCUUGUUAUGGUUGAUUUCCCAUAAGUUCCACCCUGGCUUCUGGAAGGUGUGGGGUAGAUGGGAUGUAGGACAAACAAGUUGAACUAAAAACAAACAGACAGGGGCAUAAAUCUGGGUACCAGGAUGAAGAGAGCUCAAUUCUAGGCUCCAAAGCUCACAGAAGUUCUUCGAAUACCUCAUUGUAUUUCUUCAGCUGGGGGAGAUGGAUCUAGCUCAGAGACUGGUGGGUGGUGGCAAGCAGUCGGAAACAAGAAUCCAGAUCCUUGA